UUAGUAGAUAUGCAAUUGUUGUGUGCGUGUGCGUAUUAUGUUCAAAAAAACUGUCGAAGCUAGAAGUGCAUUUGAAUCAAGAGAGCGUUUAUCGUUUUAUGCUUUAUGAUUUGACUUUUUUCUAAACAGUAUUAUAUAUUCUUUAUUUAAGAUGUCCGCUUACUUUUUUUAUACGUUGUUUUAUUGUUUAAUAUCUGGUUGCAUUAUUUAUCCUCCAGUUGAAUUUGUUUCUACUGGUCUAACAAUAAAGACUAUAUUUGCAAACUGGUUGGGCAGUGAAACUGAAUCAUUUAUAAAUUAUCAUAUUAGAAGAAGCGUAAUUACGUUAUUCAUUCAUUCCUUAUUGCCAUUUGGCUAUAUUUUAGGUUUGAUAUUAUUUGGUCAUGUUGAUGCAGAAAAAAUACAAUUGUUCUAUCAAAGUCCACUAUGGUCAAUUCUUAUUAUUGUUACGAUAGCAGGACCAGCAUAUAUUUUAUAUACAAUUUUUAAAUGGUCAGAAAAAAAUUGGAAGAUGCAUCCAAUAGUACAAAAUCUUUCAAUUUAUUGUGAUGAUAAUACUAAUUGGAUGUCUGUUGCUUCUGAGAUUGAUAUAGAAUAUAGAAGAAUAGAUAAAAUUUUAAUUGAUACAAGUAGUGUAACUAGAGUUAUUGUAACAGAUAGUUGGAUAAUUAAAAUAACUUCUUAUAAGUUAUAUAUUGCACGGCAAAGUGAUACUGCUUUAAUAGUCAGCAAAAGUGAUACUCAUGCCAUGUCUCAUACAGCUAGAGGUGAAGUCCAGUUUAUUAAUAUUGAGGUGAAACCUACCAGAAUAAGAGCAGAAGCCUUUGAUAUAAGAAUAAGUACAUUUACUUUCAAGGAUUUGCAAGACAAAGUACAACAACCAAUAGUCAUUUUACAAGAUGUUACUUUUCAUAAAACAUUAUUGGAUAGAUUUAUUGAUGUCUUCAAAGAACAAGCAUUAGAAAAUCCUUUUUAUGAAACUGCAGAGGAAUUAGAGAAUUGUAUUGGAUGUAUGCAAGUACGAUCUAAUGUAAAAUUAAAUAAAUGUUGUGGAAGUAUUACUGGAAGACUAAAUUCUGACGAAUGUACAAUUUGUCAUUGUCGACCGAUGUGGUGUAUUGAAUGUAUGGCAAAAUGGUUUGCGUCAAGACAAGAUGAGAAUACACCAGAAAUAUGGUUGUCUUCUAAAUGUACUUGCCCUGUAUGCAGAGCAAAAUUUUGUCUUUUAGAUGUAUGUCCUGUACAAACUGUAAAUCAAUAACAUAUGAAGUACAACUGUACUAAUAUUAAUAUAUUAGAUCAAUUCUAUAUUCUUUCUAUGCAGAUAUAUUUUUAAAAAUAUUAAAUCAAAAUUUAUAAUUUUUUAUAUGAUAAAAAUGUAUCUCUUUCAUAAAUAAUAACGUAAAUAAUAGCAAUAUAUAUAUGCAAUUUUGAAUAUCCAUGUUACCAAUUACGAAUUAAUAGAACUAUUUGUGUAAUAUUUCAUAUUUUAAAUGAAGAUAUUAUUAUAUGAUUUUUUAUUUUUAUUUUUCAUAAUACAUUGAUAACAAUAUACAGAUUUUUUUCUUUCUCAUAGACAAAUAUAAUAUCAAAUUUUAGAUAAAAUUUUGUAUAACAACUAUGUAUCUAUUGUACUUAACUUUAACUUAGAAAUAAUUACAUAACUAGAUAUUAACAAAUAAUAUUAAAAUACUUAAAAGAAUAUAUGCAUUAAAUAUAUUUAUGCUACCAUUAAUCUUGGUGCAAUAUUCAUAGCCAUUAAUUCUUGGAAAAGUAAUUUUGCUGCAUAUGGUAAUCUGACUUGUGAGAUCUGUGUUUUGUUCUUACAACCUUUGCAUUCGAAUGUAUUAUUACGUAAGUUCGCUAUUGCAAUUAAUCCACAAAAAUUGCAUAUAUGAAUUCUGUAUGGAUCAGAAACCUCAAAUAAACGUUCCCUCAAAAAUUGA